AUGCAGAUGUCCAAUCGACGACGAUAGACUCGGAACUUCACGCAGUGUUACCUGUUAUGGUUAGAGCAGAUACUUCUGUAUCAUCACAUGAGCCCAAAACCAGGUAUUUUGUUACAUGACCCAUGUAACCUUUUUGCUCGUUGGCUACAACUCGGACACGCGAAGACCCGAAAAUUCGGAGUAUGUCAUCCUCCACUGGCAAAUGCUGUGGAAGAAACAGAACUUAGUCAACUUUUAGUAAUUCAGCGCUUGUCGGUUUGUCAUCUCGGCACACAUCGAUUAAUGUUCUUCCAGUUUCAAUCGAACACCAUCCCAUGGCUCCGUGCUGUGCGUCUCCUCCUGGGCCCACCUAUCCGAAUUUCGUUUGUGGUGCUGCUUUACCGAGUCUAGCUGUUUUUUUCAAACUAUAUAAUAAUGCUGGACUGCAAAAAGACUCCAAAUUACUCAUGUCCCACUUCGCAGCAAUAACUUUGCACCGUGCUCUGCGUCACUUCGAGACUGCUUGGCUUUUCACGAGAUCUGACUUCAAGACAACAAUUUUCCCUGUGAUGAUAUUUGUAAUUGUUGUAUCUCCUCGCCACAACAUGCUAGCUCUAUUUUACGCUCUCUGCUGGCUCUGGUUCCAUGUCUUUCAAUUCAAUGUGUCUAACCAAUCAUAUUCUGUCCAUGAAGAUCUCUUGAACAAACCAUGGCGUCCUGUACCAUCCGGGCGUAUCAGCGCCAAGGAUUCUCGUGCAUUACGCUGGGCACUCGUGGUGUUCUGCUUGGGCCUUUCAUCCCUUUUCGGCUUAAAUGUCGUUAUAACCAGUGGUUUUUGGACCGUGCUCGUAGUUAUUUACGACGAUUUUCUUCUCAGUCUCCAUCCCAUUUCCAAGAAUUUAUGCAAUGCGGGAGGUUAUGUGACACUUGAACUUGGUUCUUUGUUGAUUCUGUCAAGGGAAUCUUCGCUCGACGGAACGAGCAUAAAAGCACUUUCCUGCAGCGCGCUUGUCAUACUUCUGACAAUCCAUGCGCAGGAUUUUGCCGACGUCAAUGGUGAUGCCAAGUUAGGACGACGAACUCUGCCCAUCAUAGCGCCGGAGGGAUCUCGUAUCUAUAUGCUUUGUACACUCCCGCUAUUUUCUUUUGUGCUUGCCUCAGUUUGGAGUUUGGGGCCUCUUUCCAGUCUUCUUUUUGUUUCUAUGGGUUCUUGGGUCGGCAUUUGCUACUAUCUCUUUCGCGACGAGAUUCGCGACCAGUCAAACUAUCGCCUGUACAAUAUAUGGUUAAUAGGUGUCCAUCUUUUGCCAGCUACUGUGCGUUUUCACGCAUUAGCAUGGUAGUGACUCAUUGCGUCACGACCAUGGCGGGGGAAGCAUUCUACAUGGAUUUCCCCACAAAACUGACAUUUGACUGCGUCCAGUCAUGAGAGGAAACGUCCUACCUGAUAUGUUACUUGCUAGUAUGAUAUAUGUGCACCAAAUUUAGGCCCAUCCGUUUUAUAUGUAUG